AGAGGAGGGGGAUGGAGAGGAGGGGGAGGGGGAUGGAGGGGAGGAGGAGGGGGAUGGAGAGGAAGACCACGGAGAGGAAACUCACGCCCCCCCAGUGCUCAAAGAGGCUCUUCUCAGUCCUGUGUGUCUCAGACCACUCUGGACAGACUCUGUCCUUAUAAAGGCUGGGCCCUCUACUUCACUGAAGGUUUCGUAGAGAGUUCUCCGUAUGUGGAGAAGAUCAAAGUGUUUGAACAGUACUUCACCUCACAGAUACACCUUUACGACAAAGAUGAGAUUGAGCGUCAGGGCAGUGUGUUGGUGGACUAUAAGGGUCUGGUUGAGGAUAAGGAGGUGUGUAUGGCUCUGCCGGACCUGGCCAAUCAGCUGAGAGAACAACCAGAGACCACCCUCAACUGUCUGGGCCUCGCCAUACACCAGGUUUUGACGGUGGACUUGGAGAGACACGCUGCAGAGUUACACGGGGAAGGGCUUCGGGGAGCCACACCCAUCAUUAACAUACCACACAUCAGCGCCAGGUUGUAUAACUAUGAGCCAUUGACAGCCCUGAGGAUGCUGCGUGCGAGUGUGUUUGGUCGGUUGGUGUGUGUGAGGGGGACCGUGGUCCGUGUCAGCAACAUCAGACCACUCUGCACACGCUUGGCCUUCACCUGCUCCGGCUGCUCACACACACACACACUCACCCUGCCACACGGCAAGUUCACCACGCCCACCAAGUGUGUGCAGCCAGAGUGUCGCUGUCGUUCAUUCGUCCCCAACAGGAGCUCCCCUCUCACCCUCACUGUGGACUGGCAGAAUAUCAAGGUCCAGGAGAUGAUUGGAGGAGAGCAGAGGGAGGCAGGGCGGAUCCCUCGGACAGUGGAAUGUCACCUGACCUCUGACCUCUGUGACAGUGCUGUCCCUGGAGACACUGUUACUAUUACUGGAACAGUCAGAGUCAGCCAAGACGACGGCGGCAGCAGGGGGAAGAAGGAUAAGUGUAUGUUCCUGCUCUACAUCGAGGCCAACUCCGUCAGCAACUCUAAAGGUGAACGGUCAUCGGGGAUAGAGUUCUCUUUGAAGGAGCUGUACGCCAUCCAGGAAAUACAUAGCCAACCUGAUCUACUGAAGCUCAUCGUACACUCCUUGUGUCCAGCCAUCUACGGCCACCUGCUAGUAAAAGCAGGCCUGUCCUUAGCGUUGUUUGGAGGCAGUCAGAAGCAUGCUGAUGAUAAGAACAGGAUCCCCGUCAGAGGAGACCCUCAUAUACUGGUGGUGGGAGACCCUGGCCUGGGGAAGAGUCAGAUGCUACAGGCGGUGUGUAAUGUGGCUCCCAGGGGGAUCUAUGUGUGUGGUAACACUACCAGUACGUCAGGGCUGACCGUCACACUCUCCAGAGACGCUGGCUCUGGAGACUACGCACUGGAGGCUGGAGCUCUGGUACUAGGAGACCAAGGGCUGUGCUGUAUAGAUGAGUUUGAUAAGCUGGGCCACCAGCAGCAGGCAUUACUAGAAGCCAUGGAGCAGCAGACCAUCAGUCUGGCUAAGGCUGGUCUGGUGUGUUCCUUACCUGCUAGGACCUCUGUUAUCGCUGCUGCUAACCCUGCUGGAGGACACUACAACAGGGCCAAGACGGUCUCCGAAAACCUCAAGAUGGGCAGUGCCCUCCUGUCGAGGUUUGACGUGGUCUUCCUCCUAUUGGAUGUUCCUGAUGAGUCACAUGACCGCCGGCUGUCGGAACAUGUCAUGGCCGUCAGGUCAGGGAAGGGAGGGGCCUCAGGUGCCGUGGUUACACGAGGAGACAACCAUAAAUCACAGAGCUCACUGCUGGAGCCCUCCGACACACCCCUGUCUGACCGGCUGCAGGUGUGUCCAGGGGAGUGUGUAGACCCCAUCCCCCACUCCCUGCUGAGAAAAUAUGUUGGUUACGCUCGCCGCUAUGUUCAUCCCUCGCUCUCUACCGCCGCUGCCCAGACGCUCCAGGACUUCUACCUCUCCCUGCGCUCACACACACACACCCUGUCGGCCACACCCAUCACCACACGUCAGCUGGAGUCCCUCAUCCGCCUCACAGAGGCGCGGGCGAAGCUGGAGCUCAGAGAGACAGCCACCAAGAGUGACGCUGAAGACGUAGUGGAGAUCAUGAAACACAGUCUGGCAGAUACCUUCUCUGAUGGUAGUGGAGGUCUGGACUUUGAGCGGUCGGUACUGGGUGUUGGGAUGAGUCAGCGUUCGGCUGCCAAGAGAUUUAUCACUGCGCUCAACACACAUGCUCAGCGCACACACACCAUGUUGUACGACCUCACACAGCUACGCAGCCUGGCCAAGGACCUCAACAUACAGGUUGCUGACUUUGAAGGUUUCAUCAGUUCUCUGAAUGAACAGGGCUACCUGCUGAAGAAAGGACACAGACAGUACCAGCUACAGACUAUAUAACACACAAACAUAAUCUAAAGACCUGCUGUUACUUAAGAAUUGAUUGUGUAUCAGUGAAUUCUUCCAAUACUGAUUAAUAUAUAACAGUUUAAUACAUGAAUAAUUAAACUGUUUUGAAUAUGAA